CCUUAUCUUGCAUCUCUCUCUCUCUCUCUCUCUCUCUCUCUUUGUAAAUGGUGGUGGCGUUGGGUCCGGGGAGGUUCUACGGGAGUAGCCUCCCGCGGCCUCGCUUCUACGCUGAUGUGAAGUUCAACGACGAGCGGGUGGACCCACCGGUGCCCGUCAUGGACCCCUUCCUCUCCUGGGCGAAGGAGGCGCACUGGUCCAUGGGCGGCCUCAAUUUCAACCGCCACCGCCUCCAGGGCCGCAUCGAGGGCUCCAUCAAGAAGCUCCGCGCACAGCAAGAGAAGAUGCAACGAGGAACGCCGGUGCUCUCCGUCAGACCCAAGUCGAUGAUUUCGAAGCCCAGAGUCGCCGGCCGGAAGCCUCUCCAUCUUGCGUCCCCCGAUUCGGUCUCGUCUGGUGGCGAUGAUGAUGAGGAGGUGGUAGCGUCGGAACAAGGGAAGAGUGAGUUUAAGGUUUCUUCCUCUCCAAGUAGAUCUGGUGAUGGCAAGAGGAAAAGGGUGAGGAGGCUCGGGGAGGAAUUCGAUAGGAUCGCGGCGGAGCAGCUGAAGGGGCCGAGGGAGGAUGCUGGUGGCGUGGCAUCAAGGACCCGGCGGCGGAGGUCAGUUACAGAGGAAGUCGAGGUUGAUGAAGGGGACGCUACUUCUGCUUCUCCUAACAGGAAACGCAGCAACCAGGCCGAGGGAAAGAAGAUGAAGGAGGUCGAUGGUGCGGUGCCGAGGAGGACUUCGCCUAGGAAGAAGCAAUCAAGUUGAUAACCAUGUUCGUCGAUCACAUGCAUGUGCCCUUGGUGGUGCCACCAACUGUCGUCCUUAGGUUGUAUGCAACAUGUUUGUGAUAUUGACUGUGAUGAGGAACAAAAGAAAAGUUUGCCAUUGUGCAGUUCUGGCUUUUCAGUGUAGUUCUUUGUGGCAUAAAAAUAUGUGUUAACAUAAUA